UCUCUCUUCCUCUCUUUCAGCCCCCAAAUCUCGCGUUCUGUGCUUGAGGGGUGUUGAAAAGCCCACGAAGAGGACCCGUUCAACCUGGAAUUCCACGGUCCUAGUGUCAGAAUUUCAACCGACCCUUCUUGGAUUUACUCCUUGCAGGUUCUGGAAAAUUGGGUUUGUGGUGGCAAUGUAGUGGGCUGAGUGGUUAGAAAUUAAACGACAAUGGAUUCUUCCUUUGAUGGAAAGUUUUGGGGAGCAAUUGUGUCAAAUUUUGUCGGGGACCCGCAUGACACCCUGCAAUUCUGAAAUCCAAUGGGAUUGUGUUUGAUCCAUCAAAAUGCAGUAAAUUGACAAUGGAAGAAAAGAGAGAACUUGUUUAUGAAUUAUCACAGUUGUCCCAUGGUGCCCCUGAAAUGCUUCAAUCUUGGAGUCGUCAAGAGAUCCUACAGAUCCUGUGUGCAGAGAUGGGAAAAGAGAGAAAAUAUACUGGCUUGACAAAGUCAAAAAUUAUAGAAAAUCUUCUGAAAAUUGUUUCUGAGAAAAAAUCACUAGAGCAUCGGGCAGCCGCAGACCUUGAAAUACAGUUAUCACCUGCAAGCCAGAAAGCUGCCAAAAGGCAGAGGAAAACUGAUCAUCCUUCUCGACUGCCUGUUGCAGUAAAUAACCUUUCAAUUAGCAGUGGCAUUGGAGAUUUGGCUAAUGCUGUAUACUGCAAAAACUCGGCUUGUAAAGCUAACCUAAUGCGGGAAGAUGCAUUUUGUAAGAGAUGUUCAUGCUGCAUCUGUUAUCGGUACGAUGACAACAAGGAUCCCAGCUUGUGGUUAAUUUGCAGCUCAGAGCCUCCGUUUCAGGGCGAUUCAUGUGGCAUGUCAUGCCAUCUUGAAUGUGCUUUGCAGCAUGAAAGAUCUGGAAUUUCAAAGAAUGGGCAGCAUUCAGGACUUGAUGGGGGCUUUUAUUGUGUAUCUUGUGGGAAAGUAAAUGAUUUGCUUGGAUUAAGCUUGAAAUUGAUGAGGAAUUUGGUGCAGCAGGCAAUGGUGGAGCACACUGUAGAAUCUGUCAGAUUUGAUGUGGCGUGUGUGGAGCUUCACCAGAGGGCGGGCUUUGACUCAAUUGUAAGAGUGUGCUCAAAGCAGGAGGUCCGGUUCAAGUCAUGGAAACAGCCUCUCCAAUUGUGGAGAUGCUGGAAAAAACAACUUGUGGUGGCAAAGGAUACCAGACGGGUGGACAUACUAUGUUAUCGUGUCUCAUUAAGCCAAAAGCUUCUUAAUGGAACUAAGAAGUACCAAAAGCUUUAUGAUAUUGUGGAUGAAGCAGUGAAUAAGCUUGAAUUAGAAGUGGGCCCCUUGAGUGGUUUACCUUUGAAGAUGGGUAGAGGAAUUGUCAACAGGCUCUCCUCAGGACCAGAGGUUCAAAAACUCUGUGCUUUGGCCGUGGGGUCUCUGGAUGUGAUGCUUUCCAGCGCGGUUCCGUAUGCGUUUCCCAAUCCUAUGACCCAAGGUACCAUUUUGUUGGCUCCAAGCACAAUUAGAUUUGAUGGUGUCAGUGCAACAUCUGUUACCGUGGUUUUGGGUUCUGAAGAUCCAUCAUCUGAAGAUAUUGUUGUUUAUAACUUAUGGCAUCGUAAGGCUCGUGAAAUGGACUAUCCUGCUGGACAGACUUGUACUUUGCGUUCACCAAAUGCAAGGUUUGUGGUCUCAGGUCUAAGUCCAGCUACAGAGUACAUUUUUAAAGUUAUUUCCUUUAAUGGAAAAAGAGAGUCAGGUAUGUGUGAAGCUAGGUGCUCGACAAUAGGUGCAGGGGGGGAAGUCCAGAAGAGUUCAAUAGUAGAAAGGAGUCAGAGUCCAGCAACCAACUGUAGCAGCAUGUCUAAUCCUUCUUCAGUUGAAGAUGAAACUAAUAAUGUUACUCCCUACAAUGAUCGGAAUGAAACCCGAGAAGACAAUUAUUUUAAUUAUUGCGAAAAUGCUGAUAAAAUUGUUUCUGCUAAUAUAUCUAAUGACACUAUCAAGUACACCAAUGUGGACCAAGAAGGCGCCCAAGCCGAUUCUGUUUCUGUGCUGUGCGAAGAGCGUGGCGCGGGGAUGGUUGUCUCUGCGCCUAGUUCUGGUGUCCUAAAAUUUGAGAAGCUGCAGUCACAAGAGGUCCAAGUCGUUGAGGAGACGAGCAUUGACAAUAGGUCAAGUAGUCCAGCUUUUACAGGUUUGGAAUGUGUUCCAUAUGUUGCUAGCUCGGAAGCUGGUUUACCUGUCACACCCUGCAAGUUGGAUAUUUUCAAGGAUGGAGUAGGAAGGAAUGGGAGACCCAAGCCCAGUGGCACUGGCAAGGAUGUGGAUAUGGGAGGGGAGCCCCAAGCUGGCAGCUCAUCAAAGAAGAGAGGCGGGGAGAGGCAGGAUGAGCAUGCCAGAAAUGAUAAUUCGGACAGGGAUUUUGAGUACUGUGUGAAGAUAAUUAGAUGGUUGGAGUGUGAGGGACACAUUGAAAAGAACUUCAGGCAGAAGUUCCUCACAUGGUACAGUUUGAGAGCAACCCCCCAGGAGGUUAGGAUAGUGAAGGUGUUUGUUGAUACUUUUAUUGACGAUCCAGCAUCACUUGCGGGGCAGCUGUUUGACACAUUCUCCGACAGUAUUUCAAGCAAGCGCUUAUCUGCUGUACCAGCUGGGUUCUGCAUGAAGCUAUGGCAUUGAAGGUUUCAUGAUGGGUCCUGGUGUUGGAUUGACUGAUUUUUGAUUGCCGAACCCAAAAAAGGGUUUGUGCAUCAGCAAUUUUUUGGACCCCAAAAAAUGUUGCCACAUUCUUCAUUUAGAUUCAUUAUCAUUGAUAUUUAUUAUUAGCAUUCACCAGUUUACUUAUUAUUAUGUAAAGACUAUUGCAUUUCCUUCUAUAGGAGGAUUUUCUUUUCAUUCAUAUUCCUUGGAUAUGUGUUUCAUGUUCACCAAUUUAUGAAUUUCAGCUGGGCUAACCAACCAAGCAAUAUACAUGGUUUGCGUAUGAUUUGGUCCAAA